AUGACCAAAUUAUUUCCAAUAAUACCACGCACUGGUCAAGUUAUCAAUCAUAGAUUUUCAAAUUUUUCAUCUAUUUCAUCUCAUUAUUCUCAACCAAAGGAAAACUUGAAGAAAUUAGCAAAAAUAGACGAGCGAUAUGAUCAAUUAGCACGAAUUGCUGGUAAUACACAACAAUCAAAUCCAAUGUUUGUAAAAUUGAUCAGCAAGAAUUUAUCAAAAGGUCAUAGUGUUGAUCAGCAAGGUCAAAUAAAUUAUCCACGUCAAGCAAAUUGGGCGAAUAACGAAGAAUGGCAAUUAAAUAAAUCAAAUUGGUGGUAUUCAAAUAAUUCCGAAUCACAAUUAAAGCAUAAUACAGAUGAAACGAUGAUUGAUACAACAAAUGAAAUUUCAAAAUUAAAAAAAAUGGAAAUAACGGAAGAAUCUUGUAUUUCUAAUAGUAAAAAACAAAAAUAUCAUAUUUUCAAUGAAUACUUACAUUUUUGGAAUUCAUCGUUGGAAUCGAUUAAUUUAAUUCAACAACAACAACAACAACAACAACCAUUGGAUAUUUUGCAUAUUUCAACGAUCGAUCGAAAUUGUUCAACGGAUCAAAAAUUAACAUUUUGUUGCGAAGAAAUGAUCAAAAAUGUGGAAGAUUUAACAAAUAAGGAUACAAAUGUAUGCAAUAAUUUGCAACAAACAAAAAAAUGUCAUAAAUUUUGUCUUCAGAUUGAUCAGGAAAACGGUUAUUUCAUUAAUUCGACGGAAUAUUCAUGUCAGGAAGGUAAUACAUUAACAAUUUCAACAUUUGUUGAUUGGAUUCAAACGAUUAUUUAUGAUAAAAUAAGUGCAAUAAUUUUUAGCCAAAAUAAAAAUGCCAGCAAUUUAGAAUUUCAAUUUUGGGCACAAAAAAUGCUUCAAAAUUUGAAUGUUGCACUUGCAUUAAAUAAAUACAAUGGUACUACAAUAUUCACCGAUGAACAAUUUAGCAAUACGAUUCUUUUGAGUCAAUGGAUUGAAUUUUUGAAAUUUAAUACGACAAUAAGUGAUCAAGAAAUAGCUUGGCAAUUACUGAAACAAUAUCAACAACAAUAUGAUGAGAAUAUUUCCAAUUAUUUGAUUCGAAUUUGCAUGACAAAUCAAGAGAUUGCUGAAAUUGAAUGUACGGAACAAUACUAUUAUAAUGUAUGCCGGUUCGAUAAACCGGAUGAAUGCAUGGAUGAUAUUUUGAGCGUACAAAAAUCAAUCAUUUGUCGACAUUUUAUCAUAGAUGAUAAGAAAAAUGUAAAAAUAACUGAAUUAUUCUGUGAUUUAUUAAAUGAAACGAUCAUUUUUCGGGAUUAUCAACGUAAAGCAUCGGAAAGUGCUACCGGUAUUAUUAUUGUACAGUUUACUCGUACAACAAUAAUUCAUUCUAUUCCGGUUGCUGCUACUACCAUACAAUUAAAUCAAUCUGAUAAAAAUGAAAAUGUAAAAGGAAAGCAAAAAAAUUCUCCAAAUAAUAUAAAAUUACAAACUGCAGAAAAUAAACAAACUAAAAAUGCAUAUGAAAAAAUAAUUGAAAGACCAUUUUUGGAAUUUUCAAAAAUUGAGAAAAUUUUAACAGAAACUAAUCAUACAUUUACAACAAUUAAUUCUAUACCAAUGCAAAAUAUUAAUGAAAUUGAAAAAACAAAUUUAACAGUAUCAGAAGACUUAUCAGAAUUUGAUAAUAAAAUAUCAGAAAUAGAUGGAAUUAUUAUAAAGUCAAAUAUGACAAAUUCAACAGAAAUGGAACAAAAUUUUGAUUAUAUUUUAAAUGGUACAACAACAAAUAAAACAAAUUUGAAUUAUAUGGAGAAAAGUAAUGCAACAGUUAAAAUUCAACUUCACACUUUUAAUGGGAAACCAUUUCAAAUGGAUUGCAGCAUUGAAAAAGAUGAAUUCAGUAUAACUAAUUGCAGUCAUUGGGCAGAUGCAGGUUACUGUCUUUCCAACAAUGCUACACGAUUUCUGUGGUGUCGUAAAACAUGUCUUUGUACCGGACCACAACAAUAA